AUGAGCGCAAAUGUACCAUUUAGAUUACAGGUGUCAAAGUCAUCCCAUGGAGGGCUGACUGUCUGCAGUUUUUCGCUCCUCCUUUAUACUUGAUGAGUUAAGCUUCCUAAUUACUAAAGAACUCCCCUCACUUCGUUGUCUAGGGCUUAAUUGAAAGGAAUAAACAAAAACCUGCAAACAGUAGGCCCUCCAUGGAAUGAGUUAGACAGCCCUGCAUUAGAUGGUGAAUGCUCUUAGAAUAAGAGAUCACUAUAGGACAGGGGUAAACUCACCCUACGAGGUCCAGAGCCUGCUAGUUUCUGUUCUACCUUAUCAUUAAUUGCACACACCUGGUGACCCAGGUCUAAAUCAGUCCCUGAUGAAAAAAAAAUGCAGAGGAACUGGCUUUGAGGUCCAGAGUUGAGUUUGAGGGCUUUUCUUCUAAUCAUAAUUGUUGGUGUGUAUUAUACGCUUAUACACUCACGACAUGAAUCGUAAUUCAAACUGCCUUUGAUAUAACCAAGUUAUUAUAAGCUUCAUUGGUCAAAAUUCAGAGUAGUAGAUCAUACGUAGGAAUGAGGAAGCUUUAUUAAUGUCUCGGGCAUGCCACGAUUCGAUCUGUUUAGCGUUGAUUGUAAUUCGAUUUGGAAUCGGGCUGCCUCCCGGGCAUGAGCCAGGUGCCCUGUUAUGGCCGGCGGCAAAAUCGACUCAAAAGAAAAGUAAUGUAACUAAGCACGUGUUUUCACAAGCAAAACUGAUUGCUUUUGAUAAAAAUCCUUUAUCUGCUUUCCCAAUGAAAACGAGUUAGAAAAUUCAAACAUGUAUUUUAUGGAAAAUGUAUGUUUCUGGACGAUGCACGGUGCUGCCUGGUUGACAACAUGACCGAGCGGCUCAGAUUACUGCUUUGAUUUGAGAUGGCGCGCCUCCCUCCCCGCUUUUGCCAGAUUAUUAUUCAACCCGAGCCAAUGUAAUAAAACUCGGUACACCUUGUCUUUGGUUCCGUCUGUCUGAGUCAGCUGUAGCUGCUGCCCUCCGGUGGCUGACGUGGGAUAUAUUUUUUUAGGAACAGCCCCUGCUUGUUUGCUAUUGGUUUAUUUUAAAGACUUGUGCCAUUAUACAUAUUUUCUAAUUGUGUUCAAAAUUUGUUUUUUGGGGCUAAGAGAAAUGUGUACUGCAUCCAAAAUAUUCUUCUUUUUUUCUUCUUCUUUAAAAAAAAAAACGGAAGUACGAACAUACGUUUUCCUUGACAACCAGCAAUGCGUUCUUAGCAACUGUCUCAGAAUGGCAAAAAUGAUUGGUGCUAAGAAAUCAUUGUGGCAACAAGUCUGUGAAGAAUAUGAAUCGGAGCAGCCCAGUCCACCCAGCGCUACUUGGACAGACAGUGGUUCAGUGAGCACUCAUGUCUCCCAGUACAGCGCCAGCAAGCACUCUCCUGUCUUCUAUGGUCUCAUGGCAGCUAAGGUUGCUGUGGAUGAUGACCCUGUGAAGCAUGUUGACCCUCUUCUGAGCCACCCUGCCCUUGCUGGAUACUCUGCGUUGGACAAACCUCCAUCCUCCUGUCACAGACAGCCUCUGACCACACACCCUGCAUCCACUGCCCAGCUCCAUCAACGCCCAAUCACCCAGUUCCUGGAGGGGUCCGUGUUCCCAGUGCUACUGCCUGGACUGGAGGCCAUGCUGAGAGAGGCCCAGAGACAACACUGCCUGGAGAGGAAAAGAACAGCAUUCAACGCUUGUGACUUCCUAACUGAGUGGCUGUACAAUCAGAACCCCCGCCGGCAGGGACAGGCCCCUGUGGACUUCCAUGAGAUCCCAUUUGUCAAGGACUGGCUCAGAAUACAUCCCAGGCCUCCCAUCCCUCUCUCCCUACUGCUGUCAGACCAGCAGGCUGCUGUUCUCAUCCAGUCCUUCUGGCGGGGCUAUACCGUGCGGGCCCGUGCAGAUGUGCAGGAGCUGCGCCAGUGGCAGAGGGAGCUUAGAGAGGAUAACCGUGACAUCACCAAAACGGUCCAAGAAUUCUGGGCUCACCAGGAGAGCCGGGUGAGCUCGGCCCUCAAUGACCUCAGGGGGGACUCCACCACCCCUCAGACCCCUCAGCCCGGCAGUGGGUACUCCAACUCAGACGUGUCCAUCCAGGUGGUCUCCCCCACCCCCCAGAGCACCAUGGUCCACACCCCCACCUCCCAGAUGAGUCCUGAGAGCACCGAGUCGCUGCCUCCCAGCCUGCAGGGAGUAGAGGAGCUGACCAGGCAGGAGAGGACACUAACUGACUCACUGACCCUGCCCGAGGCUGCUGCUGCUGCCGUCGCUGCUUUAGCCACCGCUAUGGAUACCUUUUCCCCAUCCUUAGGGAAACACUGAAAGGCCAUAGAGGCUGAGGCAAUCUGUGUCCCAAAUGGCACCCUAUUCCCUAUACCAGAGCUGCCAAAUCCUGGUCCUGGAGGGCUGAAAUACAGUGGCUUGCGAAAGUAUUCACCCCCCCUUGGCAUUUUUCUUAUUUUGUUGCCUUACAACCUGGAAUUAAAAUAGAUUUUUUGGGGGGUUUGUAUCAUUUGAUUUACACAACAUGCCUACCACUUUGAAGAUGCAAAAUAUUUUUUAUUCUGAAACAAACUUGAGCGUGCAUAACUAUUCACCGCCCCAAAGUCAAUACUUUGUAGAUCUUUCUUGGUGUAUGUCUCUAUAAGCUUGGUACAUCUAGCCACUGGGAUUUUUUCCCAUUCUUCAAGGCAAAACUGCUCCAGCUCCUUCAAGUUGGAUGGGUUCCGCUGGUGUACAGCAAUCUUUAAGUCAUAUCACAGAUUCUGAAUUAGAUUGAGGUCUUGGCUUUGACCAGGCCAUUCCAAGACAUUUAAAUGUUUCCCCUUAAACCACUCGAGUGUUGCUUUAGCAGUAUGCUUAGGGUCAUUGUCCUGUGGAAGAUGAACCUCUGUCCCAGUCUUAAAUCUCUGGAAGACUGAAACAGAUUACCCUCAAGAAAUACUUUCUAUUUAGCCCUAUCCAUCAUUCCUUCAAUUCUGACCAGUUUCCCAGUCCCUGCCGAUGACAAACAUCCCCACAGCAUGAUGCUGCCACCACCGUGCUUCACUGUGGGGAUGGUGUUCUCGGUGUGAUGAGAGGUGUUGGGUUUACACCAGACAUAGCGUUUUCCUUGAUGGCCAAAAAGCUCAAUUUUAGUCUCACCUGACCAGAGUACCUUCUUCCAUAUGUUUGGAGAGUCUCCCACAUGCCUUUUGGCGAACACCAAACGUGUUUGCUUAUUUUUUUCUUUAAGCAAUGGCUUUUUUCUGGACACUCUUCCAUAAAGCCCAGCUCUGUGGAGGCUUAAAGUCGUCCUAUGGACAGAUACGCCAAUCUCCGCUGUGGAGCUUUGCAGCUCCUUCAGGGUUAUCUUUGGUCUCUUUGUUGCCUCUCUGAUUAAUGCCUUACCUGGUCCGUGAGUUUUGGUGGGCGGCCCUCUCUUGGCAGGUUUACUGUGGUGCCAUAUUCUUUCAUUUUUUAUAAUGGAUGUAAUGAUGCUCCAACCCUGAUCUGUACAUUUCCACAACUUUGUUCCUGGCCUGUUUUGGAGAGCUCCUUGGUCUUCAUGGUGUCUCUUGCUUGGUGGUUCCCCUUGCUUAGUGGUGUUGCAGACUCUGGGGCCUUUCAGAACAGAACAUAUACUGAGAUCAUGUGACAGAUCAUGUGACACUUAGAUUGCACACAGGUGGACUUUAUUUAACUAAUUAUGUGACUUCUGAAGGUAAUUGGUUGCACCAGAUCAUAUUUAGGAGCUUCAAGGGGGUGAAUACAUAUGCACACACCACUUUUCCGUUUUUUUUAUUUAUCUUUUGAAACAAGUAAUUUUUUAAAUUUCACUUCACCAAUUUGGACUAUUUUCUGUAUGUCCAUUACAUGAAAUACAAAUAAAAAUCAAUUCAAAUUACAGGUUGUAAUGCAACAAAAUAGGAAAAAUGCCAAGGGGGAUGAAUACUUUUUAAGGCACUGUACUUCUGGUUUUCAGGACUAUUUCAGACCUGGGACACCAGGUGUGUGCAACAAACUACCAGGUAGAAACUAAAACCAGAAAUGUUUCGUGUUCCAGGAUUGGGCCUGCCCUAUAUAGUGCACUACUUGACCAACUACCUGUCCCUCCAUAUUGUUUGUGUGGCUAGGGAUCUUGCCGACUACGCCAACUGGUCAAAAGUAAUACAUCUUACAGGGUGCUACGGCAGAGCAUGACAUGUACAUCAUCAAUGUUAUAUCAACAUCACAACCUCAGAGAAUACACUUUUACACACUAUUACUGACACACUACUGAUGAAGAGCAUAGGUUACACACUAAUAUUAGAAACCACAUCGAUACGUACUGUAAAGAUGACUAGACACUCUGGUAGUCACUAGCACAAUGGCUUUGCUUCUAAUCACCUCUCCUCCAUAGCGCAUAGAAAGUUACAAAUAUUUCCUGUAUUUGUCACUUCCUUUUUCCACAAACAAGGUGAUAAUAAUGCUUUGGCUCAUGAAACAGACAAAUGUUCCCACUCAAAACAGGAAUUUAGGGCAGAGAAAAGGAUAAGAGCAGAUGAACAGAAUAACACAUUCUUUUUCCACCUUAGCCUUGUGUCCUGCAAGUCAGGAAGCUGAAUGACCCUGUUGAUGGAAAGAGGAAGAGAAAGUGAGAUCUGAGAAGAGUGAUCUCUGUGACGGAGAGCAAGCUGAUAAACAGGACAGCAAUAAAACACUGAGAAUGACAA